AUGUCGUCCGAUUGGGUCAUUGUUUGCCCAUUGCCCGGCUCUGCUCUGCGACCGGCGCCCGAGUCCUCAUCUGCCUUUGACGUUGGCUUCCUCAAUGAAUCACCGCGACCAAGACACAUGGUGCGGAGUCUUGAAAACGACAAGCCCUUCAAGAGGCUCGUCGACCAGGAGAAGCUCAAGUCGAAGACUUUCAAACGGGGCUGCGGGAGCGCGCAGCUGUUGAAGACAAGCAAAUCAGGGCCACUGGCAGAAGAGACACAUGAAGCAGAGAUUUCACAAGCGCAUACGAUGCUUGAGCCACAGAGAGAGCAAAAGUCAUUGUCACCACAGCAUACCUCGUUACUAACAGAUGGCUCACCCGAUACAAAGGCCCGCGAGCUGGAAUGGCUUCUCAACGAGAUGGGUGACGACCUGCGCGGUCUCAAAGUCGGCAUCGAAGACUGCUAUCAGCUACUCGAGCCCGCCGACCAAGGCAACACGCUUGUUGUCAGCACACCACGGACCGAGGCCGUCAAAGGCCAUAUCACCCGCCUCGGCACGCGUAUCACGAAAGGCAUGGUUAACCUCAAGAUGCGCACCCUGCCUCCGCAGACUCUCUCUAUCGAUCCCCACCAUCCUAUAACCAUUGCUCCGCUGGACGACCUCAGCAUCCUACUCGCCCGCUCCAUCGAACUGCUCAACAUCACCCUCACACACGCUUACCCAGAGAAAUCGUCGACAUCCUCCUCGGAAACGGCCCACGCCCUUCGCCCUGCUCCUAAAAUCGGCACAUUUUUGGCUGCACAGCUGCGCGUCCUUGCCCAAGCUCUUCAGGACGCCUCGGCCAUCUUGCGCGGGCCAGCCCUUACGACGUCCGACCCCGCGUGGUCCUCCCGCUCCGCCGCCCUCUCCCACUUCCUGCCCCAACUACCUCCGGGCAUCAGCUUCUACAUUGGCCUCCAGGAGAGUCAGCUCGUCUUGUGGCUGCGCGCUCUCGAACCGGCAGACAUGCCGGUCAACCUCGGCAUGAAGUUUGCGCUGGCGCUGGGCACGGCGCGACGUAUUGAACAUGAUGAGGCCGAUCGCGUCUUCAACUACUGCUGUGAGGACGGCAGCGCCAAGGGUCUGCAUGGCCCACCACCUCCCGGUGCUGCUGGAUCCGAUUCCGGACAUGACAGUGGUACGGGCACUGGCUCUUCCACGCCCGAAGGUCCUGCGCGCAUCUACGUGCGGGAAAAGAUCCGCGUCGAGAGUGCCGACCCGAGUUUGCUCAGCCUGAGCGCCAAAUUGAACGCCUUGAGCCACGCCCUUGUACAUAUACGAAGAAAUCUGGCCGCUGUGAUGGACGAGGAGAUUGACGAAUAG